AUGUGUUGUACAGCACCGAUGGAUACACGACCCUCGGAAACUACCCCAUGUGUCGCCAAGACAAUUGCUGCGAGGGGAGGACCGCUUUCACUGGGGUGCUUCAAUGAUGACGGCGACGACCGCAUCAUGGAUGACCGCGCUCUUGUCGACACUUCGAUGACCACCGAGCUGUGCGAGCUCACGUGCGCCGGGUCUUCCUACUUCAGCACUCAGUACGGACGAGAGUGUUGGUGUGGGCCGGCUGGCACCGACUACGAAAAGCAUGGGGAGUCGACUGAGUGCACCUAUGAAUGCCCCGGGAACCCAGACGAGACAUGCGGAGGCUUCUACGCCGCCAGUGCCUACGCCUACUCGACGGUGGAGCCAACGCCCACGUUUUCCUAUGUGGGAUGCUUCCAAGACGACCAGGACCGUAUCAUGGAGCUCGCGCUGACGGAGAGUUCUUCCAUGACCACGGAGCUGUGCGAGCUCACGUGCGCCGGGUCUUACUACUUCAGCACUCAGUACGGACGAGAGUGUUGGUGUGGGCCGGCUGGCACCGACUACGAAAAGCAUGGGGAGUCGACUGAGUGCACCUAUGAAUGCCCCGGGAACCCAGACGAGACAUGCGGAGGCUUCUACGCCGCCAGUGUCUACGCCUACUCGACGGUGGAGCCAACGCCCACGUUUUCCUAUGUGGGAUGCUUCCAGGACGACCAGGACCGCAUCAUGGAGCUCGCGCUGACGGAGAGUUCUUCCAUGACCACGGAGCUGUGCGAGCUCACGUGCGCCGGGUCUUCCUACUUCAGCACUCAGUACGGACGAGAGUGUUGGUGUGGGCCGGCUGGCACCGACUACGAAAAGCAUGGGGAGUCGACUGAGUGCACCUAUGAAUGCCCCGGGAACCCAGACGAGACAUGCGGAGGCUUCUACGCCGCCAGUGUCUACGCCUACUCGACGGUGGAGCCAACGCCCACGUUUUCCUAUGUGGGAUGCUUCCAGGACGACCAGGACCGUAUCAUGGAGCUCGCGCUGACGGACAGCUUUUCCAUGACCAUGGAGUAUGUACGGGUGGCAGAAUAG